AUGCCGGGUCAGAUACCCAGCGAGUGGUGUGGCGUCUCGGCACUUGAGCUGGGUGCCUGGCCAUUUGGAGCUAGACCUUCGGCAAGGCUGGGCCUUGGGAGCUGGGCUAUCCGUGGCUGGGGUCCCUUCAAGGUAGCCAAGACAAUUUUGGGGCUUAGCUGUGUAUUGGGGCUGGGCUUAGCAAGUUUGGCUUUGUUGAUGAGCCUCCCCAUUUGGGUUUGCAUGGUCCCUUGCCGUUCGGCAAGGACCCUGGAAUAUGUAUUGAUGGUUAUUGUUGUGACCUUGGAGCUGGGCAGUAUGAAAUUUCGUGGAGCUGGGCUCGGGAGGCUGGGUGCCGUGAUCAAAAUUUUUGGUUUUUGUUUCGCUGUGCUCGUAGAGGCAGGUGUCCAAAAGGGUUUGGCCAAUAUUGGAGCUGGUCCCGUUUUGGCUAGGGGGCAUAAGCUUUUGGCAUCCUCCGUAGCCGGGCUUGCCGUAGAGUUAGGCCUCCUUGAUUGCGGCAGUGUUGGUGGCUGGGCCUUGGGUAAUUUGUGCGCACGAGCUGCUGAGGAUUCGGUGCAAAUUGGAGUUGGGCUCGGGGCUUGGAGCUGGCCCGUGCCAUUUUCAGUCCCCAAUCUCUUUCAUGAGUUGGCCAUUCGUUGUGAUCAGUUUGGGAAGCACUUUUGUGGGCCUGUGCAGCUGGUGGUUCCUUGGGUUGAAAUGAUGGCUUGGAGCUGUGAUUUUGUUGAGCCUCGUGCGCACGGGCUGGGCUUUUUUCGUUUUGGUAGUGGUGAAGUUGCUGGGCCUUGGAUGCCGAAAGCACAAGAAUUGCAUGUCGCAAGGAAAUGGGCCUAG